CCUCUCUCUUUCUCUGCACCUGCCAAAACUGAAUCAGUAGUCAGUCCUUUUGAAUUCCAAUUUAGCUCAUUUAACUCUAUCAGCCUCUCAAUGAUCAUUCGUUCUGUACUCUAUCUUUCAAGAAAUUGUCAGAACAAAAAAAAUUAAGUUCUGGGAUUCUCUACUUUCUCAGAUAAAGUUCUGGGAUUUUCUUGAUUUUGGUUUCUGACAUAUUAUACGAGUGUUCAAAUUUUUUCCGGGAAAUCUCAGGGGUGGCAAGCCAGGAAAGUCAAGUUGGAGCUGAUUGCUGAUAAAAAUUGAAUUUUGGGAACUGGGACUGAUUGAGUAGUUUUGAUUAGUACAUUUGGAUUUCCGAUGGGUUCAAGAAAGAAUAGAACUUCUGCUAUUAAUGAAGCCACAGAGUUCUUUAACCAGCUGUUAGUGGAUAAGCCUCUUUUGCCUCUCGUAGUUCCCCUGUUGUUUGUACUUUGGGGUAUUGAGAAGUGGUUUUUCUCUCUCUCAAAUUGGGUUCCUUUGGCCGUUGCAGUCUGGGCUACUAUUCAGUAUGGGAGUUAUCAACGUCGUAUUCUCACAGAAGACUUGAACACAAAAUGGAAGCAACUGAUACUACAGACCUCGUCAACAACACCUUUGGAGCACUGUGAGUGGCUCAACGUGCUGUUAACAGAAGUUUGGCCCAACUAUAUUGGGCCUAAGCUCUCCUUAAGGUUCGCUUCUAUUGUCGAGAGACGUUUAAAGCAUAGAAAGCCAAGCCUGAUUGAAAAGAUUGAAUUGCAGGAAUUUUCGUUAGGUUCACACCCACCUAUCUUAGGUAUUCAUGGGGCUAGUUGGUCAACUUCAGGUGAUCAGAGAAUUCUGCGUUUCGGUUUCAACUGGGAUGCUACAGACAUGAGCAUUAUGUUGUCCGUUAAGUUGGCAAAACCACUCAUGGGAACUGCACGAAUUGUUAUCAAUAACAUGCACAUCAAGGGUGAUAUGCUUUUAAUGCCGAUCCUGGAUGGAAGAGCACUUUUAUACUCAUUUAUGUCUACUCCAGAGGUGAGACUAGAUGUCGCUUUUGGAAGUGGUGGAAGCCAAUCUCUACCUGGAACAGAACUUCCGGGUGUCUCUUCAUGGCUGGUUAAACUUGUUUCUGACACAAUAAGUAAAAGGAUGGUUGAACCUCGUCGUAACUGUCUUGCUUUGCCAGCGGUAGACUUGUAUAAGAAAGCUGUAGGCGGUGUACUGUAUGUUACAGUGAUUUCUGCUAGCAAACUUUCUAGGAAUAACUUGAAGGGAAGCCCCACAAAAAGACAACAGAGCUCAGUGGUAAAUGGACAUAAGGAAGAUCACCUUGAUGACAAAGAUUUGAGGACCUUUGUGGAGGUUGAACUUGAAGAGUUGACCAGGAAAACAAAUGAGCGACGAGGAUCUAGUCCCAGCUGGGAUUCAACAUUUAAUAUGGUUCUACAUGACAACUCAGGAGUUGUUAGGUUCAAUCUUUAUGAGUGCACUCCGGGUAGUGUAAAGUAUGACUUCCUAACAAGCCGUGAAGUCAAGAUAAGAUAUGUUGCGGAUGACUCAACAAUAUUCUGGGCAACUGGUGCGGACUCCACCGUGAUAGCGAAGCGUGCGGAGAUUUGUGGAAAAGAAGUCGAGAUGACUGUUCCUUUUGAGGGAAUAAAUUCUGGAGAGUUGAAAGUGAAACUUGUCUUGAAAGAAUGGCAUUUUUCUGAUGGUUCACAUAGCAUGAAUGGUUCAAGGAUUGGCUCAAGGCAAGCACUCAAUGGGUCAUCAAAAUUUCUUCCAACAACAGGAAGAAAAAUUUAUGUAACUGUUAUAGAAGGAAAAAACCUUGUUGUGAAAGACAGACUUGGGAAGUCAGACCCUUUUGUUAAAUUGCAGUACGGGAAGGCAAUUCGAAGAACUAGAACUGUCCCACAUACUUCAGAUCCUACUUGGAAUCAGAAGUUUGAAUUUGAUGAAAUAGGAGAUGGUGAAUAUCUCAAAAUAAAAUGCUAUAAUGAAGAAACAUUCAGAGAAGAAAGCAUAGGUGGUGCUCGAGUAAAUAUGGAAGGCCUUGUUGAGGGAUCAGCAAGGGAUGUUUGGAUCCCUCUUGAAAAAGUGAAUUCCGGAGAGCUGCAUCUUCAUAUAGAAGCAGUGAGAGUUGAGGAUAAUGAAGGAUCAAAGGGGUUGCACAGAUCUACAGACAAUGGAUUGGUUGAGCUUGUUCUUAUUGAAGGAAGAGAUCUCUUUGCUGCUGAUCUGAGAGGAACAAGUGAUCCAUAUGUGAGAGUACACUACGGAAACUUGAAGAGGAGGACUAAGGUUGUGUAUAAAACUCUAAAUCCGCAAUGGCAUCAGACCUUUGAAUUUCCUGAUGAUGGUAGUCCA